GCUUGGGGUGGGGGUGGGGUGCUGCAGGCCAGGGAAGCUCCUUUUGUGCCCCUGCGGGGGUUCCGAGGGGAGGUCCAAGCCCGGGCACUCUCCCUUGCCUCCCUUCUGGCACAGCCCACCCAGAGACACUGUUGCACCUAGGCGGUGCAGGGGUGAAUGUAGCACCCCAGGCCCCCAGCCCUCCACCAGGAGGACAGUCCCAUGUAUUCACUGAUAAUAAGCACUGGAUGCGGAUGGCAGAUCAUGUGACCCCAGCUGGAAGUUCAUCCUGAAGUCUCGCUGAAAUACCUCCUGCUUCAGCCAGCCUGGGGCUGCAGGAGUGUGGCUGGGCAGGUUCUAUUCCCCUGGUGCCCUCUGUCCUCGGGGAGGUUUCUGGGAAUAAAGUCCCAUGAACAGAGGUGCAGAAAGAAGCUUAGAGUCAGUCUCUGCUCCAGAACCCCUCUCUUCUCAGGCUGGGGCUGAAGUCAGGGCCCAGAGGCUGCCACUGGGCAGGUGUCUCGAAGGGCCUUCGGCUGGGGCCUGGUGAGACCUAGGUGUCACUUCUUGCAGAAGGCAAGGAAAGGGGCAGGCCCACAGCGAGAGAGAGGUGGUUCUGGACAUGAGAACUGCACCGGCUGAGGCCCCCUCUGCUGGAGCUGCUCAGGGCAGUGAACCUUGGAAGCCCCAGGCUGAUCCUGGUGUUUAGCGUGUGGCACAGUGACCAGGAGGAGGGACACAGGCCCGGUGGGAAGGGAGGGAACCUGGAUAUGUCCUCACGGCCCCCUGUGCCAAGCCCUCCCAUCCCCUGCCCUACCCGGACCCUGUUCCUGGGAUUGGAGGGAGCCCCCAGCCCUACCCCACUUUCUCCCAGGUCCACAGCUUCCCCAGGCCAGCGGAACAGAGUGUAGGCCAGCUUGGGUCCUGUACCACUAGCCCAGGGAGCUGAGGGGAUGCAGGGAUGAGGGCAUUUGGGGGAGCCCAGUGAGGGAAGAGAGCUGACCUGCAUGAGUGCAGGGUCCCUGCCUCCCAGAGUCGCCACCCACCAGUCUCUCCCCAGCCUCCUUAUUGUGACGAUUUCUGCCUUCAGAGGCAUCCGUGGGUGACAGUGAGCCGGACAGCUCGAAGAGCCUGCCUAGGUGUAAGGGGGAGACACAGUCCCAUCCCCCCAUGCUUGACAGUCCUGGCAGCUAUCUCUGAAGGUCAUGAGUCCCCAUUUCUAGGUGCUGAGCAGAAGGUAACGUGGCGAGGAUGCUGUCAGUUGAGAGUUGGGGAUGGCCUGGGACUCCCUGGUCCCAUCUGUGCUCAGGGACAGGAAUGUGCUGUGUAGAGGCGCUGGGUGUGGGAGUUCGUGUGUGUAAGGAGUCUGGAGCUGGCCCCUGGGGUACUGGAGUCCUGGGGUUCUCAGGGGAUUCUGCAUACAGAGGGCAAGGACGUGCGUGUACUCUAGUGUACGUCCAGCACCACAUGUGUGCACACAUUCACGCGUGGGUACUUGCACACAGGGCAGGUGGAUUGUGGGUAAGGGACACCAGUGUGUGGAGUGGGUGUGCAAAGGGGUGUGUUCUGGCACACCUAGAGGGCAGUGUGCACGUAGCACCGGAGCCAGGCGUGCUGUGUCCCAGGGGAGGGUGGCUGCCUGGUGCCUCCUGGAAGGUGUGGGCCUGGGAGGAGCCUUCUUGUGACUUUGGACUUGGAAACUGCUUCCUCCUGGGCUCAAAGACCUUUGAAGAGGGUGUAUGGGGCUGUGCCAGGGGGCAUCCUGUCCCCAGCCCUGCCUGUCACCCCCCAGCCCCUAGGCACUGGAAGAGCAGGGCCACAAGUACUCAGGAGGGCUUGGCAUGUGGGGCCAUGAAAGGAGAGGCAUGGAACCAACACCAUUCACGUUUCCUUACCUCUGUUCCCACAUGGCCAGUGCUGACCCCACUGAUCUGCACCAGGCUGUCCUUAGUGUCUCCGUUCCCCACCCCACCCAACCUGCCCCAUCCCUGGCAUAGCUGGGCCCUGAUCCUUAGCAUCUGGGGAACCAGAGGUGAGGGACAUGCCCCCCUGGGAGCUGUAGGUCCAAGGAGACCCUGUGAGGAUGCUCUCCCAGAGGCCAGCACAGCACGGAGGCUUCCUGCAGGAGGGGGCACCUGGUCAGCCCUUCGCAGUACAGAGAAGGCCUCCGAGGGGGUGGGGAGCCAGUGAGCUGCAGGGAGCGUGCUGGGCACAGCAGCUACUGGGAGUGGGAAGGAAGGUUAGGACCAGGUAGGGCAGAGGAGCGGAGGGGCUGAGGACUGGGCUCUGCACUGCCGGGCACCUGCCAGGGUGGGUGGAAGAGAGCAGGGAGGGGCGCAUGCCCACUCUGCAGAGGAGCCUGCUCCGUGGUGGUGGCUGCCGCAGGAGCAGCGGUUGCCUGGCACCUCUGCCGUUGCCAUGACGACAGUGGAGGUGCUAACUUGCUAAUGAGUCCCCUUCGGCUGCAAAUAACAAUAUUGUUGUGGGUGAUAGGCCCAGCUCCAGCUCAGGGUUGCUUGGGAGGCAGAGCAGGGACACGUAAAGGCUGGGACCCAUCCUCCCGCCCCUCCAGCCCCUGCCCACUGCCCUGCAGCUGGACUUGCCCUCCUCCCUCCCCUCCCUCUGGGUCUCAGGCCUGGCUAGCUGUACCGAGUAUCAGGACUCAAGGCUGUAUGAAGCCUAGGCCCUGGCUGCAGGGAGGGCGAGGGGGGCCUCUUCUCACACCUGCCCUCCUCCCUGCACUGGCUGGUGUUUGCUUCUGUUGUUUUCAGUGACAGAGAAUCCACCCCCACUUAACGGAUGAGGACAUUGAGGCCAGGGGCGGCUCCUCGAAGGACCCCCAGCCCAAGUGUCCUGCUACUGCGGCCUUCUGGGGGUUCUGGGCCUCUGAGCUGGGCCCUUGGGUGUUGUAUGGGGCACCUGGAGCCGCUGUCUCCCCAGGACCACACAUCUGGGCCCUCGCCUCUCACCACCUGUGCAAGUCUCAGGUAGAACUCAGGAAGGACAACAGCUCAUUGAGGCUCUUCUGUAGGCAGUCAGGGACCCCCUUGGCAGGCAGAGACCCUCCACAGCAGGCAGGCAGCAGGCUCUUUUGCUGUUGAACUUGCUGGGUCUGGCCCUGGGGAGGGCUCCCAGGCCUCGUUCCCCACCCUGUGGUGGAGGCUGGAGCACCAGCCCAGGAACGGUGUCUGAGUGGGAUCCUGAGGCCCCGCUGACCAGGUGCCACCGCAGUCCCUGGUGUCAGCUGUGGGGUCAGCUGAGGCUGCCCGUCCACAGCCAGGUGUUUCCCUGGCCUCUGGCAGCAGGAUGGGUGGUGGGAAUGCACAGAGGCCUGGGCCUAGUCGAGGCGGGAGGGGCCAGGCAGGGGCCAAGCUUAAAGUGUCUGGAGAAGGAGAGUGAGUGGAAGGCUGGGGCUCCUGGGCAGGUAGGAGCUGGGACCUGCCCCUCAGUGUGGAGUCGGGGCUGGGCCAGGGACGAGGUCCACACCAGCCUUGCACCUGCUGCUCUGUGAACUCUCCCAUUGGCCCCCGCCGGCCUGGUAGCUGACCUGGAGAGUCCAGAAAUGGUGGUGGCCUCUGUCCCCAGCCUGCUGUUGGCAGUGCACGGGUGUCCUCAGGGUGGCUGCCCCCAGUUCCCCCUGUGGCUGUGGGUUGGGGGUCUGAAUUGCUGAAGGUCCACUGCCCACCAUAGCCCGCUCUGCACAGCGCCCAGGGUGCACCCAUCUCCCAGCCUUCCCUCACUCCUGAGCUGGGUGGAGUAAACUUCCUGACUGGCUGGCAGCCGUGGGGGCACAAGGGAGAUGACCUUGCAGGAACACCCAGUGCCCAUCUGUGUGUGACCCAGGUGUGGCCCAGGUCCCACCCUUGCCCCAAGCCUCAGUUUCCCCAUAGUUGAAGCAAACUCAUCAUCCUUACACUGUGUGCCUCCUAGGGGCUGUGAGUCUAAAGUGGACCCAGAGGAAGGCCAGUCUUGACAGGUGACAGGGAGAUGGGGCCCGGCAGUGGGGCAGUGACAGAGGCUUGUCACCAAGCCUGCAGGAGGAGCUUCCAGAGGCUCCAUCCUCAAACAUCCCUACUCCCCCUGCCUACCUGGCAGUCUGCCUUUGCAGACCAUGCCAAGGGCCUGGUCCGUGCAGGGUACCCGACACUGACCUUCCUCCUAGGACUGCCCCACCCCUCCCAUCCUGGGCCCCAUCAGCCCCUGAAGGGGCUCGCUAGACCCCAGGCUCUGCUGGGGGAGGGGCACUCUGUGGGUGCGACGCACCCCUGCAGGAGCUGGGCACUCACGCCCAGCAGGCACGCGGCGUGCACUAAACCUCAGCCUGCAGGCCAGGAGGGCAGCAGUGGCAAAGGAGUCGUGCCUCCGUGCCCGAGCCCCUCCCGAACCCUCCUGCCAUCCAGCUGCCCCCGGGAGCCCAGUCUCCAGUGGAGGCAGCCCCAAGGCCACCAUCCACCAGGGGCUGGAUUACCGGCUUAUGGAGCUGUGCUGGAGUCAAGUCUGCAGGGAUUGGACUCCCUGGGGAGUCCAGGGAGGGAGGGGCAGGUGUGAAGACAGCAAGCCUGGAGGAGGGCAGAGAGCUGGACCGUGAGGGAGGGUGAGGCGCCGUCCAGACCCCUGACUUGCUGGGGGUCCUGUGGUGGAAAAGAUGCAGAGGUCACAGCAGGGAGAUGCCUGUGUCCCAGGGAUGAGAUGGAAUGUUCUGGAAUGCCUAAGGGUGGGUGAACCCCAGGGCCUACAGGAAGAACCCCUGGCCUCGUCCAGCCCUCAGACCCUUCCCUGUGGGGCCCAUUUGCCCCCCCCGCCUUGUUGCAUCCUGCUGCUGGCCUUGUGACCUCGACGGGGUCUCACCAGAGGGAGAAGGGUCCCCACGGGCACACGGGCUCAGAUGUCCUGGUGGGCGCAGGUCCCAGCUCCGAUCUGUCCUGGGGAGCCUCUGGGUGCCACCCAGGGACCUGCAGCACUGCUGACCGUCCCCCUGUCCCUGCAGGUCCGGCACCAUGUGCUAGGUCACUCCCAGCGCAAGGCCACACCUGGGCCGUCGGAGCAGCCCCCCCUCACUUCAGGGGUCACCCUCCCCAGCACCCAUUGCCCCACCAUGGCCGGGGACCGGCUCCCGAGGAAGGUUAUGGACGCCAAGAAGCUGGCCAGCCUGCUGCGGGGCGGGCCUGGGGGGCCGCUGGUCAUCGACAGCCGCUCCUUCGUGGAGUACAACAGCUGGCAUGUGCUCAGCUCCGUCAACAUCUGCUGCUCCAAGCUGGUGAAGCGGCGGCUGCAGCAGGGCAAGGUGGAGGCCACAGAGCCACAGGACGUGGUGGUCUAUGACCAGAGCACGCGGGACGCCAGCGUGCUGGCCGCAGACAGCUUCCUCUCCAUCCUGCUGAGCAAGCUGGACGGCUGCUUCGACAGCGUGGCCAUCCUCACGGGGGGCUUCGCCACCUUCUCCUCCUGCUUCCCCGGCCUCUGCGAGGGCAAGCCUGCUGCCCUGCUACCCAUGAGCCUCUCCCAGCCCUGCCUGCCUGUGCCCAGCGUGGGCCUGACCCGCAUCCUGCCUCACCUCUACCUGGGCUCGCAGAAAGACGUCCUGAACAAGGAUCUGAUGACGCAGAAUGGAAUAAGCUACGUCCUCAACGCCAGCAACUCCUGCCCCAAACCUGACUUCAUCUGCGAGAGCCGCUUCAUGAGGGUCCCCAUCAAUGACAACUACUGUGAAAAACUGCUGCCUUGGCUGGACAAGUCCAUCGAGUUCAUCGAUAAAGCCAAGCUCUCCAGCUGUCAAGUCAUCGUCCACUGUCUGGCCGGCAUCUCCCGUUCUGCCACCAUCGCCAUUGCCUACAUCAUGAAGACCAUGGGCAUGUCCUCCGAUGACGCCUACAGGUUCGUGAAGGACAGGCGUCCGUCCAUCUCGCCCAACUUCAACUUCCUGGGCCAGCUGCUGGAGUACGAGCGCAGCCUGAAGCUGCUGGCCGCCCUGCAGAGCGACGCGGGCACCCCCUCAGGGACGCCGGAGCCUCCGCCCAGCCCUGCCGCCGGGUCCCCGCUGCCACGGCUGCCACCACCUACCUCAGAGAGCGCUGCCACCGGGAAUGCGGCUGCCAGGGAGGGCGGCCUGAGCACGGGCAGGGAGCUCCCCGCGCCCCCCACGCCCCCCACGCCCCCCACGCCCCCGGCCACCAGCGCGCUGCAGCAGGGCCUGCGGGGCCUGCACCUCUCCUCGGACCGCCUGCAGGACACCAACCGCCUCAAGCGCUCCUUCUCGCUGGACAUCAAGUCGGCCUACGCCCCCAGCAGGCGGCCCGACGGCCCCGGGCCCCCGGACCCCGGCGAGGCCCCGAAACUCUGCAAGCUGGACAGCCCAUCGGGGACCGCGCUGGGCCUGCCCUCGCCCAGCCCGGACAGCCCGGACGCCGCACCCGAGGCGCGCCCACGGCCCCGCCGGCGACCCCGGCCCCCCGCCGGCUCCCCGGCACGCUCCCCCGCGCACAGCCUCGGCCUGAACUUUGGCGACGCGGCCCGGCAGACUCCGCGGCACGGCCUCUCGGCCCUGUCGGCGCCCGGGCUGCCCGGUCCUGGCCAGCCAGCCGGCCCCGGGGCCUGGGCACCGCCGCUCGACUCCCCGGGCACGCCGUCGCCCGACGGGCCCUGGUGCUUCAGCCCCGAGGGCGCGCAGGGGGCGGGCGGGGUGCUGUUUGCGCCCUUCGGCCGGGUGGGCGCCCCGGGAUCGGGCGGCGGCAGCAGCGACCUGCGGCGGCGAGAGGCAGCGAGGGCUGAGCCCCGGGACGCGCGGACCGGCUGGCCGGACGAGCCGGCCCCGGAGACGCAGUUCAAGCGCCGCAGCUGCCAGAUGGAGUUCGAGGAGGGCAUGGUGGAGGGGCGUGCGCGCGGCGAGGAGCUGGCCGCCCUGGGCAAGCAGGCGAGCUUCUCGGGCAGCGUGGAGGUCAUCGAGGUGUCUUGACCCCUCCGCUGCCCUCGGCUCCGCCGCCCGCAGCCGGGCCCGUUAUAAAUAUAUAUUAUAUAUAACGCAAAGAAAGGUAAAUGGUUUUACUGGGAUUUUUAUCGAGAAGUAAAUAUUUCGAUUUUUUAUUUAUUUAAGCUGUUCAUUCUGGCAAUGAUUUGGCAACAGUGCGGGUGGUCCUCGAGCUCUAUUUUUACUGUCUGGUAUUUAAACUGAAACACACGUUUCUAAGCAAUACGAGGCCACCUUCAGUCGCAAGCUGGGUGCCAGGCCUGGGGCCCCUCCCAGUUCCCCCGCCCCAGGAAGCCCUGCUGACCUUUGCAAAGGCUGCCGAGCUCUCGUGCACUUUUUACAUAAGAAAAA